AUGUCGUCACCUUUUACGGAGGUACCGGACAGCAAAACGCUCUUCAAGGACACUGAGUUUAUCGAAAGUAAUCAAGAUGUGGCAGAUCAGUGGGUGUCCAUUCGAGACCUGUAUCCGAGCGGCGUGAACCAGCCGCUGCUGCCGGAAGCAUUCUCGCGCGAGCAGUUCGGCCAGGGCAACCACUAUGAAUGCUUCAUGAUAUCGGCACUUGCAACGCUGAUCCGCUUCCCGGAUGUAAUCCGCAACUGCUUUGUGACGAAGAAGGUGCGCCAGGAUGGUCGCUACACGUUCCAGUUCUUCCGCGGACAGGAGUGGGUGAGGGUCGAGAUCGACGACACCAUUCCUUUAGAGGAUGAUGCAGUUCUGUACGCGCAGUCCCCGACCGAGCACUGGUGGCCGCUGCUGCUGGAGAAGGCGUACGCGAAGUUCUACACCGCCUACGACCACCUCGAGGGCUGCACCCUUUUAGAGACAUUCCACGACCUGACAGGCAACCCGGUGCUGAACAUCCCCAUGGACGCCAAGCUGGCCAAGGCGGCCGGCGUCAAUACCAAAGAUGGACCGUACUGGCUGUCGAUGGGUGAAGGCCUGCUGCGCGGCGACUACGUUUUGUCUGCCCUUACGAAGCAUUCGGAACUGGAAAGUAUCGGGAUGCAGUCGGAGCAGCAAUACGCUAUUCUAGGUAUCUUCUCCCUUACUGGAGCUUCGGCGUUAGACGACAUUGUUAUUCAUCUGCACAACCCCUUUGAAGACGAUGAGUACGAGUACAGCGGUCCAUUAAACAAGAAGGAUAGUAAGUGGCCGGCGAAGCUGCGGCAGCAAUACCCCGUAGACGACCGCUAUUCUAUCUUUAUUCCGCUGAAGCUGCUUCUGAAAUCCCUGAACUCCAUCCAGUACUGCCUUAUGCGCACUGUAGAGGCUGUGUCGCAAACAUACCGCGCUGCAUGGAAAGGUGAGUCGGCUGGCGGCAAUCCGACGAGUGUGUUGUGGCGCAAGAACCCAUUCUUCCUGGUGCGAAACAGUGGCCCAACGGACAUCAAGAUCGUCACGAUGGUACAGCAGGAAGACCAUCGCCGUUUCUCCGACCCGGAUAGUGACGCAACUUACGUUCAGUGUGGCGUUGUCGUGACUCGGUUCACCUACCAGCAUCCGAUCCCGACCUUUUACGUCACCGGAAACAGCCACAAGACAACCUUCAAGGGCCUCUUCCUCAACUCGCGCGAGGUGGCGAACAUAAUUAUGAUCCCAGCGCACUCCAUGUGCUACCUCGUCCCCUCCUGCAUGCACAAGGGCGCUGAGGCUAGUUUUCAGUUAUCGCUGUACCACUUCAAGGAUCAAGAUUAUUCGCAGCUCUCAGUAGAGCAGCUGGCCAUCCCCGGCAUGAACUGGGCCAGCCCCGCAACGAAAGACAUCGAGCUGUGCCACAAGAAAAAGGACCGUGUUGACUUUUACGUUGAUGAAGGGACAGAUAUCCACAUCCUCGUGCACCAAACAAAGCCCUACGUGAGCAAGUCCGGUGGCGACGCCAUGACGGAGGACUACAUGGGCAUGUACCUCUACGACGACACGGACCGCAAGAUAGCCGGCGUGCACGCUGCCACGAACUUCCGCGAGAUCAGCAUCAUCCACCGCCUCCCCCGCAGCGGUCGCUAUGCCAUCUCCAUCACGUGCCCGCGUGCGAAGGGCGAGGUGCCGGCGUACAUCACCAUCGUUGGCUCGCACGCCUCGAACGUACGCAUCGUCGACCCACCAGAGGAUGCCACGAUGUUCGACGAUGAGGACAUCAUCGACGAAGGCGAUGAGGCCGCCCUCGUGGAGAACCCGAUCGACUACGUCCCCGUCGUAUUCGAUGUGGCGCACCACGGCGAGCAGGCCGAAAGCGAUUCCCCGUUCGAGGACAAGCGCUUCUACGUGGACAACCGUGGCGCCACGAGCGAGCCGUGGGUGCACAUUGGCGACCUUUACCCCGAAGGCAAGGCGAAACCGCUGCUGCCGGACGAGCUGAGUCGCGACCAGUUCGGACAGGGCGACCACUACGACUGCAGUACGCUGACGGCGUUCGCGGCACUGCUGGAACGCCACCCCGACGUGAUCCGCAACUGCUUCAUCUCGAAGAAGCCGCGCAAGGACGGCCGCUACACGUUCCAGUUCCACCGCUACGGGCAGUGGAUCAAGGUGGAGAUCGACGACCGCAUUCCGAUGGUGAAGGGCGACACGGUGUUCUGCCGCUCGCCGACGCACCACUGGUGGCCGCUGCUGCUGGAGAAGGCGUACGCGAAGUUCUACACGCUUUACCAAAACCUCGAGGAUAUUUCGCAGGGCGAGGUCUUCCACGACUAUACAGGUCGGCCGUGUGUCUCUGUCUCGACUGACCCGGCGGCGGCGAAGGUGAACAUGUCCUACUUCGACGACGUCCCCUACUGGAAGGAGCUGGCUAGCAAGUUGCCGGACUUGUGCACGACUGCGCUGGCGAGCGGCAAAGAUGCGGAGCAGUACGGUUUGCUGACGGGACGGUAUUACGCCCUACUGGAUAUUGUACCGAUCAGAGACGGGCAGCGGGUUUGUGACAUGCUUGUGAAGAUGUACAACCCGUAUGAAGACUCGCCGUACAAGGGCCCCAUGAACGCCAAAGACGGAGCGUGGACUAGAGAGCCACUGAGCAGGUUUCGACCCCGGAAGGAUAGCCACGCUUUCUACAUCCCUGCCAACAACUUUGUUACAGGCUUUUCGGGGAUGCAGAUGGGCUACGUUGAUGGUCUUGCCGAGCCUCCUCGGUACUUCAACAGUGAGUGGGGCCCGAACACGAAUGGUGGGGACACGUCCCUCGUAUCGUGGCGCCAGAACCCCAUGUUCAUUUUUUCAAACCCGACGAAAGACAUUGUGCAGCUUGUGGGCAUGCUUCAUCAGCCGGAUCGGCGACACUUGCGGCACACCAUGCCAAACCAUGAGCUGGCUUAUCCCAUGAAAGGACUUUCUGUCGCCCAGGCAAACCCCAGCGCUGCAGGCAUCUCGACGCACCUGGUCACCCUCGAUAAUCACCGUCUUAUUCACUGCGAGACGCCGGUGCCGGUGCGCGAGGUGGCCAACGUGCUGACGAUUCCGCCACAGUCGCUGUGCUACGUCGCUGGACACUGCAGCAACCGCGCUAUCAGCAAAUUUAUUCUCUCCUAUUGGUUCAUGCGGGCGGACGAUGGCGAGAAGCUGCGCAUUGAACGCUACCGCCCGACGGUGGCGCAGCACCAGCCGGCCAUCGCGCACGUCGAUCUCCGCAACCAAGCAAACGCGCGGGUCGACUUUUUGGUCGACACGCCGACGGACGUGCACGCGGUACUUGGGCAGGAGAAGGCGUUUGAUUCUCCUCAGGGUGGUAACGUGAUCGCCGAAGACUACGUUGGUGUCUACUUGUGCGAUCUGCAGAACAAUCGCAUCAAGGGACUUCCGUCCGCCGUGAACUACCGCGAGGUGAGUCUCGUGACGCACCUCACGAAACCAGGUCACUAUGCCUUCCUCAUUACCUGCCCCCGGGGUAGCGGUGAUGUGCCGUGCAAGAUGGAGAUCUGUGCGGUUGAGGGGGCACACGUGCGCAUCACAGAGACGCCGCAGGAUGCUGCCGCUCUGGGCGCGAUGGACAUGGCCUUCCUCGAGUCGCACCCAGAGAGUAUUCCACUAUCGGAGUUACCCAUUGACAGGGAUAUCCAGUUCCAGGACGACUUGGCCGCACUCGAGCGCCUCCUCAACGACCCGUCUGCGAACACGGAGGAGAUUCAACGCCUCCAGAAUUGCCUGAACAAGCGGGCGCAUGAGUUGGCAAAGGCAAAACUGGCCAGUGAGCGGCCGAUCUACCUGGCAGGCCACGACCUCCAUUCACUAAACCCGCUGCUGGACGAUGACCAGGUGUACAUGGAUGCGGAACGUGAGCGGUACUACCUCAAACAGGAUCUGCGCAAUCAUUACAAGUUGUCUGCACAGGAGGCUAAGCUGCGCAGCAUCGCCGACAACAUCGCGGACGAGCUUCUUCACAUCGACCUCUCUUUCAUCGAUACGCGGCCUGAGGGAAUCCCACGCGACGCGAUUCCGAUGAUCUCCGACGAGGCAUUCGCCGGGAUGAUGACGGACCUGCUGCGUCUACGACGUCGUCCGGAGUCGAAUGCGUCCGCCAUUCGCGACGUUGAAUAUCGCCUCGUGAAAAGAGCGACGGAAAUGGCUCGAUCUAUGCACGAAGCCGAGCGCACCUACCUCGAUCGAGAACCGGAGUUUGUCCCUCUGGACUUGUUGCCGCUGAACACAGACGAACGCUUCUGCGCCGAAGAGGACGAACUCAGGCAGCUGCUCCGCUCAUCCACCACUUCCCAAGCGACUGUCACCGCAUUGCAAGCGAAGAUAAACAAACACGCUCAUGAACUGGCGCAGCAGCUGAAGGAUGGGGAGCGUGGCAAGGUUCUGGCCGACUCGUACGAGGGCAUACCGACGUCGGAGCUGCCGCUCGACACGGAUGCCGCUUUCCACGAGAUGGAGGUGGAGCGGCUGCGCCGACUGCGCACCGGCACCGAUGCGGAUGCGGAGGCUGCGCGUCUGGGGGACGAGAUGCGGAAGCGCGCGCGUGAUCUGGCUGUGUCGAUGAAGGCGAGCGAGCGAGCGAUGCUGCGGAGCAUGGAGACGCCGCUGACGGCGGGGCAGGUGGACGCGCUGCUGGACAGCGACACGGAGACUGCUGACAUGGAGCGAAGGCUGCGCGAGCUGAGAAAGAGGCCGGACAAGAACGCCUCGGCGAUCAAGUCGCUGGAGAAGGAGGUGCAGAAACGUGCGCAGGGGCUCGCUGACGGGCAUCUUGCCGAGGAGCGUUCCAAGUAUUUGGCGGCAGAGUACGGAGGCCGUGCGAUGGGGACGCUUCCUCUUGACGGCGACGCCGCGUACCGUGACGCGGAGGCAGCGCGCAUGAAAAUGCUCGAGUCUGGCCACGCAGACCCCGCUGCGCUGCAGCGGCUGAUCGACACGAUGGGGGAGCGUGCGGCGGGCAUUGCCCACGGCAUGAACGUCGCCGACCGUGCCAAGUACCUGCCAAAGGCUCUGCGCGGUGUGCCUCUGCGGGCGCUGCCGCUGGACGAUGACGCGGAGUUUCGGCGCUUGGAGCACGCACGUGCGCGUGCGGCGUGCACGCCUGGCCACAAGGCCGAGGUCACAGCUCUGGAGGCGCAGCUCCUUGCCCGCGCGGAUGCGUUGGCGCGAGCCCGACUUGAGGGUGACCGCGCGUAUCUUGCGCCGGAGCCGGCGGGGGUUCCUCUAGAGCUGGUGCCGCUGGACGAGGAUGCCGAGUUCUGCGCGAAGGAGGCGCAGCGCGCGGAGCUGAAAGAGAAUGGGAAGACCGACCGGACCGGCAUAGCGCUCAAGGAGACGGAGCUGAACGCGCGUGCCGUAGUGGUUGCGCAGCAGCUGAAGGAUGGGGAGCGUGGCAAGGUUCUGGCCGACUCGUACGAGGGCAUACCGACGUCGGAGCUGCCGCUCGACACGGAUGCCGCUUUCCACGAGAUGGAGUUGCAGCGGUUGAGACUGAAGGUGACGGACUCUCAGCUCAGUGGGACAGUUAAGGGUAGCGUUGAUUUCGCGCUAAAUCGGCGGGCAGCUGAGUUGGCGCGCUGCCUUCGCGUUGCGGAUCUCUCCUCCGUUGAUGACGUUCCUCUUGGUCUUGCGAAGGAGGUGCUGGAUUUGCACAACGACGCGAUUGGGGCAGCACUCAUCAAUGACUUGCGGCUGCUCCGCAAGAAUCCUUCGGGCAGCGCUGUCAUUCUCCGCGAGAAGGAGUCGGCGUUGAAUAACCGCGCUUUCGAGGUGGCGCGAAGGCUGCUGGCAGGCGAUCGGACGAAGUACCUCGACCCCAGGCCGCGCAGCAUUCUGCUGGAGCAUAUUCCGCUUGACGAGGACGUUGUGUUCCACGCUUUGGAGGUGGAACGAAGCAUGAUAAAGGUCACCGACCCGGUUAACUGCGGCGCUGCUGUACGCAAGGCGGAGAGCAUGCUGAAGGACCGCGCAUGCCAGCUGGCGGAGUUGGUGAUGAAGGACGAUCUUUCCCACUUUCCCCCACUCUACAAUGGCAUCUGCACAAAGGAUCUGAAGCCGCACUCCGAUCGCCUCUUCAGCGAGGCAGCCGAGAAGCGUCGCGCCUGCGUGCGCGACGGGACCGUCACAUCUACGGAGAAUAUUGAGCAAAUCAUGGAUGACCGUCUGAACGAGCUUGCGCGGGAGCUUAAGGAAGGUGAGCUGUACUUUAUUGACCCCAACCCAGAGGGGGUGCCGCUAUCACAGCUGCCGCUGAGCACCGACGAGGCCUUCAAUGACUUGCGGCAUCGGCGACAGGAGCUCAAGGAGAGCGAUCCAAUGGAAAACCGGAAGGCUAUUGCUGGUCUAGAGGACGAGAUGAACAGCAGGGCGGCGGAGCUUGCUCGCAGUGUGCUGAGCAGAGACUUUGACGACGUGGACAAGCUUCCAUUGGGUAUUCCGCUGGACCUGUUGAAGCCGCGCCAAGAUACUGAGGUGGUGCGGCUAAUCGACGAGCUGCGGCAGUCGAAGCGUUUGCCACAGCUGAAGCAUAAUGUCGCGGAACUGCAGGCAAACUUGAACAAGCGUGUCCACGAGCUUGCAACGGCGGCGCUGGAGGAAGGGCGCGACACAUACCUUGACCUCCACCCUGAAGGUGUUCCGCGUGAGAUACUGCCGCUGAGUACUGACGCGGUGUUCCAAAAGGAGGUGCAGCGGACAAUUCUGCGUCUGAAGGACCCCGUCAAGCACGCUGGUGCCAUAGCGAAUCUGGAGAGCGAGCUCAAGGCUUGCGUGAAAGAGUUGGCACUCGCGCAGAAGGAGGAGGACCUGCGCGGUCUGGAUCAGCACCCGCACGACCUGCCGUUGGCACUCCUGCAGCCGCACCAGGAUGCCGAGCUCGGGAAGACGAUAGAUGAGCUGCGCUGGCUAAAAGCGUCGGAAGGCGAUAGGCAAAUUGCGAUAAAGGAGGUGCAGUCUCGCAUGAACGACCGUUGCUACGCGAUGGCAGACGGUGUCAUGAAGGAGGACCGCGGUUACCUGCAUCCGAAACCGGAGAAGGUGCCACUUGGGCGCCUGCCGCUCGACACGGAUGCCGCCUUCCACGUUCUUGAGGCGGAGCGGGCAAAGCUGAAGCUGACAGACCCCAGGAAGAAUGAGCACCAAAUCGCCGACUUGGAAGAUCAGCUGAACACCCGCGCAGCGGAGCUGGCCAGGGCUGUGAAGAUGGAAGAUCUCAAGUCGCUGGCGCAGACACCGUGCGGCAUCCCGUUGGAGCUGCUGAACCUGCAUGAGGACCCCACGCUUAGUGCGUUGAUUGCGGAGAAGGAGCAGCUGCCCGAGGGCCACAGCGCAGAUUCGGUCGCCAGGCUGCUCCGCGCGAUGAACCAAUGCGCGAUGAUAGCAGCCACCAAGCUUCUCCGUGGCGACCGCGGUUACCUCGAUCAGGACCCGGAGGGCCUGCCUCUUGCGCAUCUGCCUCUUGACACCGACGCGGCCUUCUAUGAGAUGGAGGUGGAGCGGGCAGUUCUGAAGGCGCGUGAUCCUGUCAAGAACUCUUCCGCCAUAAAGGGCCUCGAGGUCCAACUGAACAAGCGUGCGCACGAUCUGGCGAAUGUGGCACUCGCGAUGGAUCGUGGCUACCUCAACCCACAGCCGGAAGGUGUGUCGAUCGAGGAGCUGCCACUCUUCACGGACAGCAAGUUCCACUCGAUGGAGGUGGAGCGGGCGAAGUUGAAGGUGUCCGGCGCGGAUGGGAACGCGGAGCGUAUGCAGGAGCUGGAGGGCCGCCUCAACAAACGCGCGGCGAGUCUGGCGAGGAAGCAACUCGAGGAGGACCUGAACGGGCUGGACCAGGAGCCUGAAGGGUACCCGCUCAACUUACUGCGGCCUCACAACGACGCGGUCUUUGCUGCGGAGGUGGUGUCGCUGCGUCGGGUCAAGAAGGAGCCGCUGGUAAGUGCGGCUAAGGUGCGCGACGCGCAAGAGGCGCUUAAUGUGCGCGCGCACGGGCUGGCCAGGGAGCGCAUUGCGGUGGAUCGCGCUCGGCUGGACCAGGAACCGGAGAACGUGCCGCUGUCACUGCUGACGCUUGAGGAAGACGCGCUGUUUGUGGCGAUGGAAAAGGAGCUCCGAUUACUAAAGGCUUCUGACAAGCAGAGCCCGAGGGCAAUCGCCGAGGCGGAGGGGCGGAUGAACGACCGCGUGCACGUGAUGGCUGCCAAGGUGAAGGCGGAGGGCCGCGACUUUCUUCGAAGCAAGUCGUCCGAUAUUCCGAAGGAGCUCCUGGCCCUCGACGCGGACAAGACCUUUGUGGCCAAGGAGAAGGAACUUUGGAAGCAGAAACUGCAGCCAAAUGCCCCUCACUCCUCCAGCGCCGCCGCCGACUUGCGACGCGAGCUGCAGGCGCGGGCCGACGAGGUGGGUGUCGCGCAGCUGAAGGGUGACCGUGACAAGUACCUCGACAUGAAUCCCGAAGGUGUGGACCUGUGCGACAUCCCGCUCGACACCGACCAUGUUUUCCACGGAAUGGAGGUCGAACGGGCAAUCCUGCUGGCCCAAGACGCGACCGGCAGAGGUUCUGCAGUGGAGGAACUGGAGAAGAAGCUGAAUGGGCGCGCCCACGAGUUGGCGCAUGAAAUUGUCGUGGGCGAUCGCGGCUACUUGCCGGAAGAGAUGCACGGCAUCCCUUUGGAGGAGCUACCCCUGGAUACGGACAGGAGGUUCAUGAAGCUGGAGCGGCAGCGCCGUGCGCACAAGCGCUCACCUGACAUGAAGAAGGAAGUGGCGGCUGAUGAGGAGGAGCUACGCAAUCACGCGCUGAAGUUGGCGGACGAGGUGAUUGCGAUGGAUGUGGAGCCCAUCAAGGCGUUCUACCGCGGCAUCGCGAAGGAGGAGCUCAACCUGCACGCUGACUCGGCGUUUCGCGAGCUCGCGAAGAAGCGCCGCCGGCAACGUGGUAAGGGGCGUGUCGAGGCGGCGGAGAUGGCCGUCAUCGAGGACGAGAUGGACCGCCGCGCCUGUGAGAUUGCCGAUGACUUGAUCAACGCCGAGCGUGCCUUCCUCGACCCCCAGCCGGAGGGCAUGUACAUAAAUGAGGUUCCGCUCGAUGACGACCCGACAUUCCAGAAGCUGGAACAGGAGUACCGCCGGCGCCGCAGGGACCCACGUUCGGCGAAUCAGAAUGAAGAUGUGCUUCGCGAGCUCACCAAGGCGAUGAACCGGCGCUCCCACACCCUCGCACGGGCCGCCUUUGCGAAGACCCGCGGCUUCAUGGAGCAGGAACAGGAGGGCAUCCCGUUGGCUGAGCUCGGUCUGGACGAGGAUCCAGAGUUCAAGGAGGCGGAAAUCGCGCGGUACCGCAUGAACCACAGCGCCUAUCCCAACGCGGCCACGGUGGCCGAGAUGGAAUUGCGCAUGAACGAAAGAGCGAAGGAGCUUGCGUGUGCAACACUGGCUGCCGACCGCGUCUUUAUGGACCCCAUGCCGGAGGGCGUGCUGCUGGAGGAGCUGCCGCUGGACUCGGAUAAGGAGUUCGGCGACCUCGCAAGAGAGCGGCGCCGUCGCAAGAAAAUGCUGAAGGGAGGCAUGGGUGAGGCAGAAGUCAGGGCUAUCGAGGAGAAGAUGAACGCUCGUUCGCACGAGCUGGCCAAGGAAUUCCUCGAGGCGGAGCGGGCCUUUCUGUCACGCGAGCCGGAAGGUGUGCCGCUGACGGAUUUGCCCCUCAACGCCGACUCACUGUUCCGCACUAUGGAGGACGAGCGACUGCAGUUAAAACGCGAGCCUCUCAGCAACACCGCGAUGAUAGCGGCGAAGGAGACGGAUUUGGAGGAUAGGGCACACGUGAUUGCCAAGGAUCUGCUUCGCAAGGAGCGCGCGCUUCUCGAUCAGGAGCCGCUUGGCGUUCCGCUGGAGGAGCUGCCUCUGAAUCACGACGAGAUCCUCAACCCUAUCGAACGUAAGCGCCGAGCACUGAGGGCGCAUCCGAAACGCAAUCAUGAGGCCAUUCGUGCCUGCGAAGAGCAGAUGGCGGACCGCGUUGGGCAGAUCGCGGAGGAUUUUGUAAAGAUGGAGCGGGCGUUUCUGGAUCAGAGUCCGGAGGGGGUCCCGCUGCGCUACCUACCCCUCAACACAGAUCGCGAGUUCCAUGAGAGGGAGCUGCAGCGCCGUAAGCUGCUCCAGCGCCACGAUAAGAGCCGCAGCGAGCUUGCCGACACGGAGCGGAAGAUGAACGAGCGCGUGCACGUGCUCGCCAAGGAUCUGGUCCUCAAGGGGCGCGCCUUCCUUCACUCGGAGCCGUGCGGCGUCCCUAUCGCAGAUGUUCCGUUAAACGAAGAUGAGGGCUUCCGCAAGAUGGAGGAGCAGCGCCGUGCCCUUAAAGAGGCGGGCCGCAGCGCCGCUUCCGUGAAGGCGAUCGAGGAAAAGCUGAACAAUCGCGCCGAGGAGCUGGCGCAAGGGCUCCUGGACGACGAGCGAGCCUUCAUGGACUGCGCUCCGCUCGGUAUUCCGCUGCAGGACCUGCGGCUCAACACGGACCGCCGAAUGCGCGAAAUUGAGCGGACGCGGCGGCACCUUCGUAAGUUCGACCCGGAAGGUGGUGCGGUCGAUAUCGCGGUGCUGGAGUCGGGCAUGAACACUCGCGCGUAUGAGUUGGCCGAUCAGCUGCUGAGCAGCGACCGGGAAUACCUGCAACCGGAGCAGUGUGGCGUGCCGCUAGCGGAUCUCCCGUUGAACACGGAUUGCAUCUUCCACGAAAAGGAAUUGGCACGCUUCCGUGCGAAGAAAAAAGGUCAGACAGACCUGUCGCAGAUGGAGGAUGAGCUGAACAAGCGCGCCAUGGAGCUUGGGGCGGAGUUCAUUCAGACGGAGCGCGCGUACCUUGACCAGGAGCCGGAGGGCAUUCUACUUGAACGGCUGCCGUUGGAUACGGACCCAAUCUUUCACAACAUUGAGCUGGAGCGGCGGCGUCUGAAGCGCAGCGGCGAGAACCCGUCCCAGGUGCUGGAGCUGGAGCAUCUGCUGAACCGCCGCGCGCACGAGCUGGCGAUGGAGCUUCGAGGGUGGCAGGACUCGGAAUUCCAUGCGGCCAAUGAACACGUGGCGGAGCAGUGGGUGCGUGUGUGCGAUCUGUACCCGGAGGGUCGCUACGAGGCCUUCGUGCCGGAAGCCCUGGCGCCGGAUGACGUCGUGUCCGCGCCGCAGGACAUGAGCUACCUUGUCCCGUUCAUUGCCGCUCUGUCGCGGCUCCCGGUGCUGCUGCGGCGUCUCAUAGUUACGCAGGAGGUCCCAGUCAACGCACCUUACACGUUCAUCUUCUUCGAUCCCCACGGCAACCCCGUUUACAUUGAUGUCGACGACCGCGUGCCGUGCAACGACAAGCGGGAGCCGAAGUUCGCGCAGUCGCCGUACCACCUAUGGUACCCGCUGUUGCUGGAGAAGGCGUACGCCAAGUUUGUCGGCGGCUACGACCAGCUUGUCAACUGCACCUCUCUGGAGACGCUGCGUGACCUGACGGGCCGCCCAGUGACGCACACCCCUUUCAAACGGAACCUGGCGGAGGCUGUCAACCCCGACAACUAUACGUCCGUGGACUUCUGGCUAGGCGUGAAAGAGAGCAUGGCGCGCGGCGACGUUGUCGUAUGCUCGUCGAACACUGCGGUACCGAAUGGCAUUCACCCCUGCUGCAGCUACGCGCUCGUCGACGUGGUCAUCACACUGGAGGGCUCCACGAACUUGUCCGACAUUGUCAUCAAGCUAGAAAACUCGUACCGCAACGAUGAGCCGGUCUACACCGGUCCACUUUGCCACACGGACGUGAAGUGGAGCCUGGCGCUGCAGCACGUGUGCCAGUACGACGUGGAGAAGGACGACGUGCUCUACCUACCCCUGCAGACGUUUCUGCGCAACUUCUCGAGCAUGCAGACGUGCCACAUCAACUGCGGUGACCGGCUUACGGCGACGGGCACGUGGAACCGCCGCACGAGCGGCGGUAACGCCAACUUCACGAGCUUCCGCAACAACCCCAUCUUCAUUCUUCAGAACAGCAGCUCUCGUCCGGCGACCGUCCUAGCAGAACUCCGCCACGAGGCGCCACAGUUCGUCGAUCCUGAUGGACGCACCCACUACCCGCAGUCGGGUAUUGUUCUCAUGGAGCCGAAGUCCUCGACAGCCCCGCUGACGCCCUUGAUGACAAACAGCACGGCUAGCUUCCUGCAUAAGAGCAUCAUGCUCGACUCGCGUGAGCUGUGUAGCGUGAUGGAGGUGCCAGCGCACAGCACGUGCCUUUUCAUUCCCUACACAGCCAAGAUAGGCCACUACGGCACCUUUCACGUGUCCGUCUACCCAGGAUCGGCGAAGGUCGCGCUCACUCCGCUUAACUACUGCGGACUCUCGCGAGAGCCGAAGAGCACCGCUGUCACGCUGACACCCGGCGCAGAGAGUCAGCGAGUGGACUUCACGAUCAGCAGCGCUUGCGAUGUGCAUGUGCUGCUGCGCCAGGAGAAGAUGACAGACCGACUGGCCGCGAUUACGGGUGAUGCUAUUGCCGAAGACGACGUGAUGAUGGUGGCGUUCAGCGACCAGGCGAUGAGGCUCACCUCCUCCGGCGAUCCAACAAACGCGCGCGAGCACUCGCUUGUGUUCAGGGCGGAGAAACCGGGCUACUACUCGCUUCUCCUUGCAUCGCCUAAUCAACCUGUCUCUGGCAACAACCCGUGCACUGUGAGCAUCUUCACCCCGAAGCGGGUGAUGGUAAGGUUUGUAGCGCCUCCUGCCGGGGCACGGCAGCUGCAACACACCAGCUUCCCGAACUUGCCACAAAAGCUCACUGCGGCCUCGGGUGGUAGCAGCCCGCGUCGACUGGGAAAGGCCUCCGCCGUGUAUCAGUCGAAGCACCGGCAGCACGCUGAGAGGCUGCCGCCACUGCGCAAAAACGGCGCCCGUCCCAUGAGUCACGGUCCUGUCUCGAGCGGCGACAGGAUUUCUUGCACUUUUUAA